GGCUGCAAAUCAUGAAGCUCACGUGAAAAAACGUUGCCCCGGGUAAUCAACGAUGCACUUAAAAUGCAGCACUAUCGUUGAAGCUCCUUCGAGAAGCCCAAAAGGAGAAGGAAAAGAUAAAGAAAAGGGAGCGAGAGAAAGAGAGAAGUGGAAGUUUGAUGGGGGCUUUAGACGACGGAAGGACGCCUGGAUCUAGAGAGAUUCAUACAGCGAAAGGAAGCUACUGGUAGAGGCGGCCCUUGCUUCUUAUCCAGUGCAAAACGAUUGGAAUUUACUUAUAUCGUGACGAAGAGAUUGCUCACCUUUCAGGUGUCUUCCCUGUUUUUGAUUGUAACCACCCCAAUUGUGGAGCGUCGCACAUCGAGUCAGUGUUGGAAAUAAACAGACCGCGUUCCUGAGACUUCGGUGGAUUCGCUGAGAAGUGGGAAACUGCGAGUGGUGGGAUUAGACAUUGGAGAUUUGAAUUUGGCUGCAGUUCAUCCAUGCGACGGUGUAGCUAUGGCGCAGCACACUUGCAGCUUUCAGUGUCCUUUGGCCCGUGGAUGCACACUCCGUUAUUCACAGGUGGGUGCUGGAAAGGCGCUGAGUUCUGUCGAUAAACUCAGCAACAGAACUCCUGGGUUGGUGGAAUUGCGGAGACGAUGUGAUUUGGGGUUUCAAAGGAGUCGCCUCGUAAGAGUGGUGGCCAUGGGGCGCAAGUCAAUGGAAGUAGGAAAAGGUGGCGAGAAUGAAAGACCUGAACUUAAGUUGGAAACAGCCGAUUUAAUGGAGCUCGAGUUUGGCAAAUUGCUCGGGGAGCCUCGCCACGUUACAUUGGCCAAGGUUGUUGGACGAAAAUUGAACCCUGAGGUCCCCUACGUUGAAAGUGAGAAGAAGACUCUUAAUAAAAUUCAGGACUCUCAACCAGAGAUUUCUGAAGCCGAAUUCUGCCGAUUAUUGAACCAGGAAGGCAGCGGACCACUCAGGGGUGUUAAGAACCCGGCUGUAGAGAGCAGUGAGGACCUCCCAGGCCUUGUGAAGCCACCCUCGCGACCAGGACAGAUAAGCUUUUCUGAAGCUGAAUUCAGCCGAUUGGUGAACCAGGAUAGCAGAUCUCGUGUUGAGAAGCCAACCGUAGAGAACAGUGAAGAUCUCCCCGGCCUUGUCAAGCCGCCCUCACGGCCGGGAUCACGAAGAGCGUCUUCUGUCAGCUCUGCUCAAACAAGCCCGGCAGCUUCAAGAAAGAAAGCAGUGCCUCUAGUAACCUUUGGACCCGGUGGAUUUGCAGCUCAAUCAAAGAAGCCCUUAGCGGAAGAAAACAACUACAUGGGUCAUGCCCAGAAACCAGCAAUCCCUUCUCCAGAUUCGAUUAAACCUUCGUGGCCUAAGAACGACAGUGUUCCUCCCAUGUUGUUAGGCAAAUCGACAAAGGAAGCAGAUGAUGAUUACUUGAAACUUGUUCAAAAACCGACAAUUCGGCCAGUAGCAGCUGAAUCUGCACGUGCUGUAGCUAGUGAUGCUGUAGCUAGUGAUGGGAGAUCCAGUGUCAAUGAACCUCCUCAGGUGCCGUUCUUAACCGGCAAGCUAUUACGAGUAAAACUUAAUGGAAAAGCAUCGGCUAAUACAGAUCCAGUUAUGGAUGGUUCCCCUCUUGAUAUUCCUGAAGAGCGAUUUGGUGAGCUUCUUAGGAUGGCGGAUUCAACUGCAAAUGAUGAGGAAGUGCCUUCUGAGAUCUCGACUACACUAGCUGCGACGGUUGUGGGAAAACCCCGUAAGAAAAAGCCAACCCCGAAACUCGGCUCAAAGCCUAUGCUGGCAGCUAAACCUCCUCUCAAAGUUGAUGAAAGUGGGGAAGUUGCACGUAGGCAUGAUUUAUCGAUCCCAUCAUCAACUUCAUCCAACGAUGUACCAAACUCAUCAGUUGACUCUCCAGCUGCAGACUUGGAGGAAAUCGCAGAGCCGAUGCUAUCUGGUUCCGACGCUGCGUCAGUCGUUGAUUUGAGGACACCUGAUGAAAAAUCAACAGAUGUGGCGAAACUUGAUAACGCAGACUCUUAUGAAGACGAAUCAAUUAUGAAGCUAGUGAAGAAAGCUAGUCUUAUUGCUCCUGUCAGGCUGCCGAAAAGGAUUGUCAAGUCUAUCCCCGGCCCCGUUAAAGCGAAAAUUGGUGAUGCUCAAGACAGCAGAAUGGCUGGGUGGUCCGAUGAAUUUAAGGCUGCUGUCAAGAGAAGUGAAGCUGCACUACCAGAUAUUGGAGCACGAAGACUCGCUGGGACGGAGUUCGACCAGUUGGACCAGCGGAAAAGAGCCGCAUUGCGACAACGGCCUCUCGCACGAUCUGUUCCUCCCUCAGUUGCUGGAACCUCUGUAGAUUCUACUGGAGCUAGCACACAGCAACGUGUUUUCUCUCGCUCAGUGAUAUCGAAUCCAGAGCCUCCUCAUUCGUAUGGUGCAACUAUUCAGGACUUAGCAGCGGGCUCGUCUGAACGAGCUGGCACAUACCUCUCUGAUAAUCAAAUUCCAUUGAAGCAGGAAGACGUGGACAAAGAUUGGGCUCGUGCAGAAGCAUUACAAGAGUCUAGGACAGUGGAGGAAGUCGUAUUUACGAAGGCCCUUAAAAACAGCAUGCUGGUGAAUUUUGGAUUUCUUCAAGGCUUUGUGCCUGCUUAUGAACUAUCUAGUCGAAGAAGGCCACCAUCAUUUACGACUUGGGCGCAGGAUAACGGUCACAUAAUCAAUAGGAAAAUGAAGCUAUCGGUUGCAUCUGAGAAUCAUCCGAACAAUGAUUCUGAAGACUCCAAAGAAAUAGGAAGAACAGACAGCGACGAUGAAGAAUACAAGAAAUUGUUGCAGCAGUAUGAGGAGGCGCGAGCCAACCUACUAAGAGCUCUUGUUGGAGAGACUGCAAAGGUGGUGGUUGUCGCAGUAGAUCGUGAACGUAAGCAGCUGCGGUUCUCUGAAAAAGAAGCAGAAGGUGAAGGUCGGGAGCUUGCCGAAAAGAAAGCGCAGCUCAUGGCAAGUUUGAACGUUGGAGAUGUUGUCAAGUGCACUGUCAAGAAAGUAACCAGUUUUGGAGCAUUUGUAGAGUUACGAGGAAUCCCUGCACUUAUUCAUAUCUCAGAGCUAUCGUGGAAUCGAGUAACGGAACCUUCGACAAUAUUAAAUGAUGGAGUCGAGGUAGAGGUUAAGGUUUGCAGGCUUGACCGGUACCUGCAGCGUAUCAACCUUUCCCUUAAGCAAAUGCAGCCGGAUCCGUUGCUGGAGACGCUGGAGUCUCUUGUGUCCAGCGACUUUGAAGAAACUCCAACUAGUGGCGAAGUUCCAAAUGGCACUGAGACAACUGGAAUGCCAGAGCUGAUUGAAGUGAUCAGGAGGCUAGAGGAGCUCAAGGGCAUUGAAAGUGUCCUACUAGGGCGCAGAAUUCAAGGAACUGCACUAGCCCCCACAUUCCAAGUCUAUUUGUCUGGCCAGCUUGAUGAUGGUUUCAAGCUUCUUGCUAGAUCUGGAAACCAAGUUCAAGAGGUGUUGGUGCAAACAGCGCUUGACAGGGAAAGCAUGAAGGACGCAAUCCGGCAGUGCACUUUCAGUGACGUCUAAUCGAGAUUCUGCGUGUCCACAAGUUUUGUCACAUCACAAUCUCUGUAAUCUUUUAAUAAGAACUCUCAUCACCGUAGUUUAGCACAAAUUCGUUUACAGCCCUGUGGGUUGAUGUACCAUUCGAACACGCUAAUGUCGGUCAAAAUAUGGACUUUAUGUAGUGCAAGCCGCCCAUUCUUUCCUCCCUCAGCUUGCUCUCAGAACCACAGUAACCGUGAAGAGACCACCGUCUAGUGUAGGAUAGUCGACCAUAUCAGAAAGAAUUUCAGUUAUGAGACAAUGAGGGAGGGGGUUUCAGUUUCACUUGUUCUACAUAUCGAAAUGAGCCAACUUGACGCUUGUACAAAAAUUCUCCCAAGUUUCAAUAUGUGGUCAUAGGUCACUCGUCGAUUAUGGUACUCAGAUCGAAGACAGAUACAUGACUUUUCAAUGUGAUGUUUUGAUAUUUCACCGUCA